GCAGUUCUGGGCUUUUGGUUCUCUGCAUCAACACAGCCAGCAUGCCUAUGAUUUCUGUGCUGGGCAAAAUGUUUCUGUGGCAGCGUGAAGGGCCUGGAGGACGAUGGACUUGUCAGACAAGUCGCAGAGUGUCCUCGGACCCCGCGUGGGCUGUGGAGUGGAUUGAACUUCCUCGCGGCCUUUCUCUAUCCUCCUUGGGAUCUGCUCGGACCCUCCGAGGCUGGAGCCGGUCCUCUCGUCCUUCCUCGGUGGACAGCCAGGACUUGCCAGAGGUGAAUGUUGGAGACACAGUCGCAAUGCUGCCCAAGUCCCGGAGAGCCCUAACCAUCCAGGAGAUUGCUGCGCUGGCCAGAUCCUCCCUGCAUGGCAUUUCCCAGGUGGUGAAGGAUCACGUGACCAAGCCUACCGCCAUGGCCCAGGGCCGAGUGGCUCACCUCAUUGAGUGGAAGGGCUGGAGCAAGCCGAGUGACUCGCCUGCUGCCCUGGAAUCAGCCUUUUCCUCCUAUUCAGACCUCAGCGAGGGUGAACAAGAGGCUCGCUUUGCAGCAGGAGUGGCCGAGCAGUUUGCUAUUGCAGAAGCCAAGCUCCGGGCAUGGUCUUCAGUGGAUGGUGACGACUCCACUGAUGACUCCUAUGACGAGGAUUUUGCUGGAGGAACUGACACAGACAUGGCUGGGCAGUUGCCUCUGGGGCCCCACUUCCAGGACCUCUUCACCGGCCGCCGAUUCUCCCGGCCUGUGCGCCAGGGCUCUGUGGAGCCUGAGAGCGACUGCUCGCAGACCGUGUCCCCAGACACCCUGUGCUCUAGUCUGUGCAGCCUGGAGGAUGGGUUGCUGGGCUCCCCAGCCCGGCUGACCUCCCAGCUGCUGGGCGAUGAGCUGCUCCUCGCCAAACUGCCCCCCAGCCGGGAAAGUGCCUUCCACAGCCUGGGCCCGUUGGAGGCCCAGGACUCGCUCUACAACUCGCCCCUCACGGAGUCCUGCCUUUCCCCUGCCGAGGAGGAGCCAGACCCUUGCAAGGACUGCCAGCCACUCUGCCCACCACCAGUGGGCAGCUGGGAGCGGCAGCGGCAAGCCUCUGAUGUGGCCUCUUCUGGGGUGGUGUCCUUAGAUGAGGAUGAGGCAGAGCCAGAGGAACAGUGACCCAAAUCAUGCCUGGUGGUGGCAUGUGUCCCCUAGCUGCUGCUGGGGGCAGAGCCUCUGUGCCCAAGUGUGGGCUCAAGGCUCUCAGCAAGCUCCUCAGCCUAGAAGGGCUACUGGGAGCCCUCACUUCUCCGUCGUGUGUUUUGCAUGAAAGUGUUUGGAGAGGAGCCAGGGACCAGGCUGGGGGCGCAUGUCCUGCCCCCACUCCUGGGGUUUGCCGGGGGUUGCCCGGGGCCCCUGGGGCAUGGCUACAGCUGUGGCAGACAGUGAUGUUCAUGUUCUCAAAUCCAAAUGCCACAUUUUCUCCUCGGAUGAUGUGAACCCCUGAGGGGGUUGUUCUGGGCUGUGGGGCGGAGUGGGAGGGAGCUUGGCCACCUCCUCUGUCCUCCCCACGCCUCUCUCUGCUUCUCUCCUCACUGAGUCCAUGUGCAGUGCUUGAUAGAAUCACCUCCACCUGGGGGGCUGGCUCCUGUGGAUUGAGCCACCCCCUAAGGACCCCCUUGCCCAGCUGGGCGCGUGCUGUGCUUCACCUCUCCAUUGUCUCUAAAUCUUCUUCUUUUUCCCUAAAGACAGAGGGUUUCUGGUCUGUUCUUUCAGUCGGAUCUUCUCUGGGAGGCACUGGAACGAUGGAAGCAUGUACCCUUUACCCUUUUCCUGCCCUCCCCGAGGCCUGGGCCCUUUCCCAGCCCUCCAUGGAUCUGUAGGCACUUGGAGUUCACUUUAGGGUGGAGCUGGAAGAAAGGGUUGCUCUGGUUGCUAGAUCUGUGACUUCGAUGUUCUUCCAGGGAGGGCCACAAGGGGGCCACAGGAGUGCCAGGAAAUUGUCAGCUGAUGCCUGCACAGCCAGCCAGGAAUUGUGCCAAGGAGUGAUGGUCAUGAGGGAGUGCCUCUCCUUGGGGAGGAAAGGGUAGUGCCUUUCUUGGCUGAAUGAAAGGCCACAGCCAUAGGACCAGGGGCCCUGCCCCAGCCAGGGUGUUGAUGACCCAGCAUGGAGGUCUCUGGCAGAUCCUGCAUUCCAAAGACACUGGACUCCAGAUUUUUAUGGCUGUGGGGAGUUAGGCGACUGCAGAAUUAAGAGCCUUAUAGGCUUUGGCAGGUAAGAGGACCCAAGGUAAGAACAAGAGCCAAUGGGCACAAGCAUUCAAUAUAUAAGUGGCUCAUUAGGUGUUUAUUUUGUUCUAUUUAAGAAUUUGUUUUAUUAAAUUAAUAUAAAAAUCUUUGUAAAUCUCUAUAUACAUCUGGUCAUUGGAGGUUCCAGUAUAAACCCAUCUUAGUUCUACCCUUUUUCCCUUCAAAGGGGAGCAGAGAUCAAGGGACCCCACCCCCAUCCUGCCAGGGUGGUGCCAAUCUUCCUGCACUUGGAAGUCUUCCUGCAGGUGGGUGCUGGGUGAGAUUCCAGGUAGGAUGAACUGGGAGGUGCUAGUAUCCCAGGUUUGGACAGGGGGCUGGGGCUCCAGCUUUUGGCUGCAGCUUCCUCCUGCUUUCCCAAGGCAGAAGGUUUAUGGCUACCACAAUCCUGGGCCACCCAUGGAAGGGUUCACUGGCACUUGUCGUCACUGUCAGAAGGGCUGCCUUCCCGGGGGAGGCCGUGGCGGGAGCGGGGCCCCCAGAGUGCAUGCACCUCAGUGGUCUCUGUAUCACUGCUGCUGGUGGCACUGUCUCGGAAGCUGGCGAGGGGUGGCCGAACUUUCACGCCCUGUGCUGUGACAGAGCCCUCGAUGGCCUUCCGGAGCUGGAAGGUGAGAGUGUCAGCUGUCUGGACUUGGGACUCCCUGCUCAAGCCCCUCCCCAGCACUCCCCUGGAGGAACCAAACAUAAGCUUCCAUGUCAUCUGGAAGUGGAUAUGGCUUUGGUGGCUACUGCCAUCUCACCUCCUUUAGGGUAACAAUUCCAAUGAGUCUGCCAAUACUGGUGACAUAAGCAUGGUCCACUCCCAGUAGUGAGAAGAUGGUAUGAGUCUGCAGGGUGGGGAGAAGACAUAUUGGACUUCAUGUUGGAAGGGGCAGCUCUAAACCACAGGACGAAGGGACCCAGGAGAAAGUGUGUGUGUGAGUGUCCCAGAUAAUGGGAGGAAGGGGACAGGUCUACUAGAGGGAAAAUAGAAUGUUUCUGUGCUUCUAGGUUUCAGAAACUUGACAGCUGAAAUCCCUUAUGUUGUUUCUACUGAUGGGCUCACCCUCAUGUCCCUGUUUUGCUUUGGGCCCUCUCCCAAGCUUUCAAAUGUGAUCCCCAGUAGUUCAGAAAUUGGGCCAGAUGCAGUGUCACAUGCUUGUAAUCCCAGAAGCUUGGGAGACUGAGGCAGGAGAAUUUCGAGUUCAAAGUCAGCCUCAGCCACUUGGAGAGGCCCCGUCUCCAAAUAAAAUACAAAAAAGGGCUGGGGAUGUGGCUCAGUGGUUAAGCACCCCUGUGUUCAAUCCUUAGUACCAAAAAAAAAAAAAAAAGUUCAAAAAUUGUCAGCCAGUUCCCCUUGUGCUGUAAGUGGAUUUUCUUGGGCCAAAUGUCUUGAAAACA